GGGUUUCACCGUGUUAGCCAGGAUGGUCUUGAUCUCCUGACCUCGUGAUCUGCCCACCUCGGCCUCCGAAAGUGCUGGGAUUACGGGCGUGAGCCACCGUGCCCGGUCGAGGAACGAUGUUUAUGAUGAGACCUGCAUGACAAGAAGGAGCCAGCCAGGCUGAGGGAACAGCAAGAACAAAGACCCUGAGAUAAGAACAAAAGUUUGGCUUGUUGGAAGAAUGGAAGGAUUCUUCUCUGCUGGAACAGCAUGUACAAGACCCGCCCCUGGAGCCAGGCCAAGCUGUACUGCAUAAAGAUUGGUAUGGCCUUAACUCUUAGCCAAACACCUUCCUGACACCAUGAGGGCCAGCAGCUUCUUGAUCGUGGUGGUGUUCCUCAUCGCUGGGAUGCUGGUUGUAGAGGCAGCUGUCACGGGAGUUCCUGUUAAAGGUCAAGACACUGUCAAAGGCCAUGUUCUGUUCAAUGGACAAGAUCCCGUUAAAGGACAAGUUUCAGUUAAAGGUCAAGAUAGAGUCAAAGGGCAAGGGCCAGUCAAAGGUCCCGUCUCCACUAAGCCUGGCUCCUGCCCCAAUAUCUUGAUCCGUUGCGCCAUGUUGAAUCCCCCUAACCGCUGCUUGAAAGAUACUGACUGCCCAGGAAUCAAGAAGUGCUGUGAAGGCUCUUGCGGGAUGGAUUGUAUGGUUCCCCAGUGAGAUGGAGCCUGUCCUUGCUGCACCUGUGCCAUACCCAGAGCUACAGGCCCCAUCUGGUCCUAGGUCCCUGCUGCCCUUCCCCUUCCCACACUGUCCAUUCUUCCUCCCAUUCAGGAUGCCCAAGCCUGGAGCUGCCUGUCUCAUCCACUUUCCAAUAAAGAGUUCCUUCUUCUCCA